AUGAUUCCCAGCGUCGGACCUUGGACUUGGCACAUCCCUAGACGUUUCGCCGGCAUCUUAGUCGGCAUCAUCAAUGAGCCUUGUUAUUCUCAGCACCAACUUGUAGAGCGAGUCAAUCAUAAGCUUGUCAGAUGUGAUGCGAAGGACUGUAAUUGGUCUGGCCGCCUGUUCGACUACUCAACGCACGAACAUCAUAUAUACUCCGCAUAUGAGUCGUCAAAAGGAAAGACAGAAUUGGAGAACUUCUCAUCCUUGGGAUCUCGUAAGGGAACACCAACCAUUAACCAGAAUCCCGAAAAACAAGACAUUUUAUUGUCAUCUGAACACCGUCAGAGUAGGCUCGAAAUAGUCAGUGAAAAUGAGGAAUGUAGCCAAGAAUAUUGCCAAUCAGAUCAAGCGUUAGAUUCAGAAAAUAUGAGGGAAGCAAGAAGCCAUAGUUCUGAGUCGGAUUAUAUUUUAACAAGCAACAUAUCUUGCACGUCGCCAAUAAGUGAAUGCUCCUCCCUUGAUUUAUGUUCGAACGCAGAGAAUGAAGCAGCAAAUUCAUGGUUAAACGACAUUCAAGAAGAAAGUUCAUCGUUGAUAGUUCAGCCAGAAUCGUCUCUCAUUGCAGUCUCAACACGAGCGCUUCAAACAGAAGUAGAUGAUUUUGCAAGACAACCACAAGGGAGGCAGCACCGCCGUCCCUCCUUGGCUCCUCUCAAUUCACGUAGAGCACAUCGGUCAUCUUGUCAACCAACAAUUAUAGCUGAGCUACCACAUUCUGUGGCUAGAUUACGAAAUAACUUGCGCGAUUCGCCAGCACCUCAAUCACCUGCAGCUGCCACGGUUGCUGCCUCGAAUUCAUCCAUUUCUCAAGGGCAAUCUCAUUCUCAGUCACGACUUCACCAUGGCACUCAUCAACCCAUGCAUCAUACUGCUCACCCUAGACCUCGUCCUAGACAACCUGUUAUGUUGCAGCCGAUUAUAGGAGUCCGGGGAGGGUGCUCAUCAACCCACACAAUAGCUCCUGCGCCAGUCAGUCAGCCAUUCAGUGAUCCAUCAAUCAACCGCCUACGAAACUACGCCAGACGAUCGUGUGUUAAGAGACCAACCUUGCCGGCUUCUAGGGCCUCUGUAAGCAAGAAAGUUGUAUCGUCAAGGCCCCUUGAUAGUCCAUUUGGAAGAAAUGAUCUUACUACAUAUCACGGACAGCAAAACAGGUCAAUGCACUCAUCAAGUGUUAAAAUGUCUUCCUCUAAACUCGCAGAGGCUGGGCGGCUGGUUCAAGUGACAAAUAGAACCGAGUCAGAUAUUAGUCAAAGAGAAGGUCACUCUGAGUUGCCUGUCCUGGAUGGACAGACUUAUGUAAGCACCAGAAAAAUGUAA